GUGAUAACAGGGCAGGUCAGGGGCGCCGUCAGGAAGCAAGAAGGAAGAUGGCGGAGGCUGUACCUGACACCCGGCGGCUGCUUACCAAGCCUCAGAACCUGAAUGACGCCUACGGGCCACCCAGCAACUUCCUGGAGAUUGAUGUGGGCACCCCGCAGACGAUAGGGGUCGGCAGGCAGCGUUACACCACCUACGAAGUCCGGAUCAAGACUAAUCUUCCAAUAUUCAAGCUGAAGGAAUCAUCUGUCAGAAGAAGAUACAGUGAUUUUGAAUGGCUGAGAAAUGAACUUGAAAGGGAAAGCAAGGUCGUGGUGCCACCGUUACCUGGAAAAGCACUAUUUCGGCAGCUGCCAUUUAGGGGGGAUGAUGGCAUAUUUGAUGAUAGCUUUAUAGAAGAAAGACGACAAGGACUUGAACAGUUCAUUAACAAAGUUGCUGGACAUCCUUUGGCACAGAAUGAACGAUGUCUUCAUAUGUUCCUGCAAGAGGAAGUCAUAGACAAGAACUACACACCUGCAAAAGUGAAACAUGCACAAACAGUGUGAAUGGACUAAAACACUGAUUUUGUCCAAAUAAUUGGUCUGUACCAAUUGAAAUUGGCUUUGGUUAAUCCUCAGUACAUCUUUCUACUUAUUGAUGUUUCUGAAAGCAGAACUCCUGUGCAGAUCACAAACAAGGAAGAUCUACAUUCUGGAUUAGAGCAAGCUACUGUAAUUUGGCUUUGUAUAACACUUUGCUUGAUUCAUUCUGAAGCCUUAAAUUGAGUAAAGGAAAUUGCUGAUGGAUUUUGUUCUUUGUGUUCAGAUGUUACACUUGGCAGAAGUUGCUGUCAGAUGUAUCUGGUAUGAGUAUAGCAUUUCUAUUUUAUCUGAUUCAUCAGUUGAGAAUAUUUUUAUAAUGCAUGUGCUUUGUAAAUUAAUCUAGCUGAACAUUAUACAUCUGGCAAGGUGUCUGCUUUAGAAACUAUAUGGACAGUAAAAGACUGAGCCCAAGCUGGACUGAAAUUCCAGCUUCUGGAAUGUUCCUUCAGGCUGAAUUACAAUAUUAAUUCAUCUAACUUGCCUCUUUCUUCCCCAGUGGGUUUAAAAAUCCAUACCUAUAAUAUUGCUUAUAUACAUAUGGCUGCUGUGAUUACAUGAGUUUUUCAUCAAAUUUGUUCCCUGAAUAAGUCUUUGUACAAAAAUCUUCCUGAUAACAGUCUCGGCUCACUUCAGUUAGCCAACACUAACUUGUCCUGUGAUGUUGGAAUAUUUUUUUGAAAUAAAGUCUGAAAUGUUCACUAA